ACAGAGUUGCAGGUGCGGGUUGUACGGACUGUGUGGACAGUAAUGAAGCUGCUUCAGGAUCCGCCAUUGUUGCUUUUUUUCUCCCAGUUGAAGACAAGCCAGGUGACGUUGGCAGCAAGUGGUGGUCGAGUCGCUGCCGUAGUGGCCAUCACUUGCUUCCCCGCGCCAAUAUGCCCGCUUAUCAUUCAUCGUUCAAUGAAGAGGCUGAUGUACGAAUCGUCGGCAAUGUUUCUCUACUGCCUUUCAAAUCAAAGAUUCGAGGACCUGCUCCCAUCGCCGAAGCGGGUUCUGUUGACAUAAUCGACGAGACAUUGGAUCUCUUCAGAGCGAACUCGCUCUUCAGGAACUUUGAGAUCAAAGGCCCUGCAGAUCGCCUCCUUAUCAUUCUUAUCCUCUUUGUUUCAGAUUGUUUAGCCAAGAUCACAGCGUCACGUACGCCUCCCACUCAGAUCGAGGCUACGAAAACCUUGAACACCUUAGCUGUGGAUAAUUUCCCGAUACCGGUUUCCUUCAUCGUCAGAUUGUCUCAUAAUUCAUUGGCUGUAUCGCUACAGAUUCACUACGUCAAUAUCUGGUGCAGGCUAGACAAGAGACAGCAGCACGCCUCGUAG